AUGAAUAACUAUAAUCUAAGAAACUCCUCUCAGAAAUAAUUGAAGACCCUUUCAAACUAAUUUUAAUUCGCCCCUGUUUUAAAAUCUAUUGAAUAACUGAAAACAGAAGGAAUCUAAUAUUAUUAUCAUUAAGGAUAUGAAAGAAAGGCUCUGCAUAAAAUGUUUAAUCUUAAUACAAAAAAAAGACAUAUCUAAAGAUAUAUCAAUUAAUAACUCACUAAUGCAGAUUUAAAUGGAAUUUCUCUUAAAACCAGCCAAAUUGAUAGAUUUAAUUUGUAUUAAAAAGGCUUAACGGAGUAUUAUAUAAUUCAUGAUAAUUUAGUGAAUUACAGGCAAAUUCUAAAAGCUAUAGCAAUUUAAAUCGAUUGAAAAAGACAGAAUUCUAGGCUAACUCUACGGAAUAACUCUUUGAAUACAAAAAUGCAAACUAUAGAGAUCUACGCAUUACAAUAGGUAAGGGAAUGCAAUCCAUCUAACCUGAAAAUACGCAAACCAAUUAGAAUAGGAUUCAAAUGUCAAAGAACUUGACAAAACAAAAAAGAGAAGAACAAUUAUUAUAAGCUAUUAGAAAAGAUAAUUUAUUUCCAAUUGUUUACAAGUCAAAUAUUUUUUCCAAUUGA